AUGCGUUUUCUUCUCUUUGUUAAUGUUUUCGCUAUUAUUCUACAAAAUUCUUUGAGUAGUCAACCUGGUGAUCCAUUUCCAAUAGAUGAAGUUGAAUUGAAAAGACCUUCUUCUGAAGAUUUAAUCAAUAAUAUUGAAGUUGUACAUUCAAAUAAUGUAUUUGAACCAACAACUGAUCAUAUGAAUUUUAAUGUUGAUAAAAAGAAGCCUAUAGAUAAUGUCAUAUCAACUACUACAAAAUCUACACCAAUACUUUUGAAUCGAAAUAAUGAUGUUGAAAUAAAAAUAAAUUUUAAUAAAAAUCCAAUAACAUUUACUGAAAAUCCUAUUAUCGUACCUGAACUUCCACAUAAAAUUAUCGAUCUUAACGAUGAUUUUGAAGAAAAACCAUCCUUCCUACCAGAAACAUCUAUUGCUUCGGUAAUAAAAUCAAACAAUAAAACAAAUUUAAUUAAAAUUGGUCGAUGGAAACACGAAGAUCUACAAACAAAAACAAUUCGGUAUUGGUAUGAAACUGAAAAUGGUCACAUGGGUGAUGGAUGGACAUUUGAUAAAUAUAUAUUUCAAGCAUAUGAUAAAACACAACUUAAUACACAACCAGUCUAUUCAUUUCAUUCAGAAAUUAGAAGUAUUUGGACUAAUACAAUACAAAUGGAUCCUAAACCACCUCUUAUUGGAAAUGAUCAAUGGAUACCAGACGGUGUUUCAUUCUAUGCUUAUAAAACACUGAUAAAUUCAACUGAACUUCAACCAGUUGUAAGAUAUUGGAAUAGAUUGAAACCAGGUGCAACGGAUUUGACAGAAACACGUAUAUCAUAUCUUACAACAGAUGAUAAUAAUAUGGAUCCAUUGGAAUGGAUACGUGAUGAUAUAAUUUUCUAUGCUUUUCCAAUAAAAGAUUGA